AUUUGUGGCGUCACGAAUACUGACCAAUCAAGAAGAGUUGCGACCUCUUUCAGGAAGUGAACACGGAAGAAAACACACGCUCAAGCCAACCCAAUCCAAGUCAUGUCAUUUAAAAUAAUGACGUCUAAACACAGACUCCGAGCCAUCUGCAGACUUCAUCGAAUCCAAGGACAGAUGAUGUCCAGUCACGUGGAGCCCGAGGUUAUCAUGGAGAAGGUGGGCCGGGCUGGUGUGAUCACCAUGAACAGGCCCAAAGUGCUAAACGCCCUCAACUUAACCAUGAUCCGAUCCAUCUACCCUCAGCUCAAGAAAUGGGAGAGUGACAGCGCUACGGACCUUGUGAUCAUCAAAGGGGCAGGCGGGAAAGCGUUUUGCGCCGGUGGAGACAUCCGAGCAAUUACGGAAGCGGGCAAAGUUGGCGAUCCUCUUUCGCAGGUCUUCUUCCGUGAAGAAUACACUCUGAACAACGCCAUAGGAACGUGCAAGAAACCAUUCAUUGCCUUCAUUGAUGGAAUAACAAUGGGAGGGGGGGUUGGCCUGUCAGUUCACGGACGCUUUCGAGUGGCCACCGAGAGAACCAUGUUUGCCAUGCCGGAGACCGCUAUCGGUCUGUUCCCCGACGUGGGAGGUGGUUAUUUCCUGCCGAGGCUUCAGGGCAAGCUGGGCCUCUUCCUGGCUCUGACGGGCUUCCGCCUCAAAGGCCGCGACGUGCACCGAGCUGGAAUCGCCACUCACUUUGUCGAGUCCGACAAGAUGUCGAACCUGGAGAAGGAGCUGGUGGACUUGAGGUCCCCUUCUGCUGACAACAUUGCCAGAGUCUUAGAUUCCUUCCAUGGCGAGAGCAGCCUGGACUGUGACAAGCCGUUUGUCCUGGAGCAGCAGAUGGCCGACAUUGACAGGCUGUUCGACGCCACCAGCGUGGAAGGCGUCGUGCGCAACCUGAAGGCUGACGGCUCACAAUUUGCAAAGAAACAAGCGGAGACUUUGUCCAAGAUGUCCCCCACCUCCAUGAAAAUGACCUUCAAACAGCUGCAGCUCGGCACCACGCUCAGCCUGCAGGACGUCUUGCGCAUGGAGUACCGCCUGAGUCAGGCCUGCAUGCGGGGCUGCGACUUCUACGAGGGCGUCCGAGCUGUACUGGUGGACAAGGACCACACUCCCAAAUGGAAGCCGGCCACCCUGGAGGAGGUGACCGACGCCAGCGUGGAGGAAUGGUUCACCUCCCUCGGGGACAAAGAUCUGGCCUUGUGAGCUUCAAUACAUGCCCCGUCGUGACCGAUGAAUUUUGAAUCGAGAAACUCCUCCCGUCCGGGCUGAUGAGUCCAAAAUUCUUUCGUCAUAUACGCCAUGUUGCCGUGUCUCAUCAAAUGUGAAAUGAAACAAGCAAGUCAAA